AGUAAUGCACUGCGUACGCUCAAUAUAACGCAAUGCCCCGUCGCGUGCUGUCAAUCUUCGCGGUUCGUCGUCGCUCCGUGUUUACGUUCUAGUUUUCUGCUCCUACGUAGGGGGUGUCGUUUUUCGCUGAUGCACCACCAAAACGGGAACCGGGCGCAACUCGUGCAGUGUGUUGUGGACAAGUUCAACUUGGUUGAUUCAAUAUAGUUUGCUGCCGGUGUUCGAAGUGUUUGCUAUAUCUUGAGCACCAACAGCGGUAUAAGAGGGUAACGGAUGCCGAUGGAGACGCAUGAUGGAUGGAUGAUGAACCAUGCGUUGUGAUAGUGUACAGCUGCUUAGAUAGGCAUCUUUUACGUUGCGUUUUAGGACGGCUCUUCGUUCCGAGUCAGUGGUUGGCGCUGAGCAAACAACAAAACGCCCACACAGCUGGCCUUAUCUCCAUGAAACAAGAGCAAGUUAUUUAUCUUCUGAUUACCGCCGUGCCGCUGAAGCAUUGCAUAUCGCUCGAAAUACUCAACAGCGUAACAUCAUCCCGGCUGACAGUUUGCGAGCAACUGUCUCAAUGAGACGCUGAAAGCACAUCCAUUCAGAGCUUGACGGGUCUGUAAAAUGGCUCCGACCGAGAACGGAACUGGUGGUGUCGAGAAAUCGAUCGGCAUACCCGAAAUUGUCCACGGUAUCGAGGAUGAGGAACGCAAGAAUCAUCACGAUCUAGAAGCACAACCGCUUUCGAGUGAUCUGGUAAGCGGGAAGUUAACAGCGGGAUCUACCCUACCGAACAAACCCUUGACCACUGUUGGCUGGAAGGAUGCAUAUCAGCAGGUGCUCGCCACGUGUUUGGUGAAUUUGAUCGUCGUCCAGGCGGGUAUUAAUAUGACUUACUCAGCCAUUCUUCUGCCACAGCUUUCCGAACCAGACAGUCCUAUACUGAUCGGGCGUAAUGAAGCAUCCUGGAUAGCAUCGGUGGUAACAAUUGCCCUGCCGCUAGGUUCGCUUGUCGUUGGUCAGCUGAUGGAUCAGUUUGGGCGCAAGAAGGUAUCGCUCGCAACAUGCGUUCCGUUUGCGCUCGGUUGGAUCUUGAUUGCCGGAGCAUCGAACGUCGGUAUGAUAUACGUUGCUCGCAUCAUCUUGGGAACGUCUGGAGGACUCACAACCGUAGCACUGGUGUACGUCAGUGAAAUUUCACACGUAUCCUUGCGUCCGAUGCUGCUGUGUGCAAAUAGUGUGUUUGUUUCAUUCGGUAUUCUGCUGACCUGUGUUUUAGCCGUAUUCUUCGAUUGGCGAGCGAUCGCUUAUAUAUUUGCUGGCUUCUCAGUUGUAACGUUUUUGCUGAUUUUGUUAAUUCCCGAGUCUCCACACUGGCUAGUGACAUUCACAAAAAAGGAUCCCGCAAAGGCUCGGAUCGUUCUUUACUGGUUAUACCGUAAUAAGAAGCUUGCCGAGGAACAAUUCCAACAAAUCGCUGCAAAUACUACUCCAACCCGGCAGCCUCACGCAGCGAUCGGAAAAGCGAAUAGUGCCAUCAACAGACUGUCAUUAAAAGUGUUUCUUCAGCCUCGAGUUUACCGGCCAAUGACCAUCUUGCUGCUAGUGUUCCUAUUCCAACAAGUUUCCGGAGCGUACGUACUCAUCUUCUACGCACUGAAUGUAUUCCAGCAGAUCAACGAAGCAACGCUGGAAGGUGAACAACAGGGAGCCACGUUCAAUCAGUAUACGGCUCUGGUAGUGUUAGGCUUGAUACGCUUCGUCAUGUCCAUCAUAACGUCUGGCUGCUCGAGGAAGUACGGUCGUCGUCCAUUGCUCUGCAUCUCGGGACUGGCCAUGGGUGUGUGCAUGACAAUAGGAGGAUUAUAUCUCGAUCUGUUGCACAACCGUCUGGGAAAUGCAGCGGUAGGCAGCUACGUCUUGCUGGCAUGCGUUCUUGGAUAUGUAUGCUUCAGUGCUCUCGGUUAUCUAGUGCUGCCCUGGACGAUGAUUGGAGAACUGCUGCCUACAGAUGUUAAAGGAAAGCUUGGAGGAUUGACCGUUUCCGUGGCGUACGUGCUGAUGUUCGGCGUGGUCAAGAUCUUUCCUUAUCUGCUAGAGCAGGUUGCCAUUCGCGGGAUUUUCUACCUUUACGCCGUCACGUGUUUUGCUGGAGUUGCCUACAUUUAUUGUUACGUACCGGAAACGUUUGGCAAGAGCUUUGCGGAGAUCGAACAAUACUUUAAUGACAAACACCACCGACGAAGAGAAGCUGCACAAACAUGUGCCACUUAGAUAAUAGAAUUCGGUACGGUUUAGUGAUAAGCCUGUGUGGAGUGUGUACGUAAUCUGUGCGCGUUGAAUGAUUUUGUAUUAAGCUAGGGUUGUAUGAGCUUGCACGUAUUGAAGUAGCGGUGCAAUAUGUACAACAAAACACAUAUUGGUGAUUGUGAGAUAGGGUAAUGUAGCGUCGCAGACUGUGUAGGUGACGAUGGCACAAAUAAUAUUAGUCUUCCAAGUAACUUACCCAAUACUAUACAGAACAUAAGUACCUUGAGCCAAAGCUAAAAAUACGCAACAGUAAAAUAGCAAGAUUUGAAAAAGAAAGACAUACAAUGAACAUGAAACGUAGUGGCAAAUGGUUUAUUUUAAGCUGGAAAAAGAAGACAUUAAGGCAAAAAAAUGAACCAGUAGAUGCGGUUUUUUAUAUGUACCACAAUGUAUAAAAGAGCGACGCUUUUUUAUCUACACAUAUACACAGUGAUGUUAGUAGAAAUAUAAAAAGAAAAUGUUAUACCGUCACAGUACUGUUUUAUGCCGCGUCUUUUGAUGUGGGUUAAACGAGAGACGGUUGUAUUUAACUAGCAAGACAAAUUCAUUUCAUGCUAUCUUAUCAGUGUGCCGGUCCGCUAGAUUAAGCGGAACAACUAGAUCAAACAAUCAAUGUUGCAAAAAUGUUGCCUAUUGAGAUAAACGUUUAUUGUGCAAUGGGUAUAUUAUAGGAGAUUAUUUGCUCUGGACUCCAUCCAUUGACAAAAGGAUGACAAGCGCUGUAUAUUUUUUUUGCGAAAGGAAAAUAAAACAGCUAGAAAAAUA